UCAGGAUUCCACAGGGAAGCAGAGACAGAGCCAGGCAGGGGGCAGCUAGGACAAGAAGCACAGCAUCCUCUUCUGUAAGAGGGCACACUCUACAACUACGACCCCCCUCCUCCACUCUGCAGGGCAGGAGAACACAGGACUACAGUUUGUGGUGUAUCCUUGAGACUUCUUGGAGGAAUAACAGAUUUUGGAUCCAUCACUUGGCUCUUGGAAGAUGACACUUGGUGUUGCAGAGCUGCCGUCUCAAGUUCAUUGCAUUGUGUCCUGAACUGUCACCAAGGAAGUGUCCAUCAGUGGUGCUUCUCGCCCUAUUGAUGUGGUAGUGGAGUGUGGACCUCCAGCAGCCUGCUCUCCUCCUUGCCUGCAUCUCUUCUUCUUCUUCUUGGUGGACUCCUCCUGCCUUGGAAUAAUAAGAGCAGCAGCGGCAGCAGCUCCAGUGCUGUGAUCUGGGGGGAUCGGUGUAGUGCUAGGGCUGGAGCAGGGGCAGCACCAGGCUGUCUUCAUGUUUGGCAUUCAGGAAAGCAUACAGAGGAGUGGGAGCAGUAUGAAGGAGGAGCCCCUCAGCAGCGGGAUGAACGCUGUCCGGACGUGGAUGCAGGGAGCCGGGGUGCUGGAUGCAAACACAGCCGCCCAGAGUGGUGUGGGUCUCGCCCGGGCACACUUUGAGAAGCAGCCCCCCUCUAACCUGAGAAAAUCCAACUUCUUCCACUUUGUCCUGGCUCUGUAUGACCGGCAGGGGCAGCCCGUGGAGAUUGAGAGGACAGCCUUUGUGGGCUUCGUGGAGAAAGACAAGGAAACGAGCAGUGAGAAGACAAAUAAUGGCAUCCAUUACCGCCUGCAGCUUCUCUAUAGUAAUGGCAUUAGAACAGAGCAGGAUUUCUAUGUGCGGUUAAUAGACUCCAUGACUAAGCAGGCUAUCAUCUAUGAAGGGCAAGAUAAGAACCCUGAAAUGUGCCGCGUUCUGCUCACACACGAGAUCAUGUGCAGUCGCUGUUGUGAUAAGAAGAGCUGUGGGAAUCGGAAUGAGACACCCUCCGAUCCGGUGAUUAUUGACAGAUUCUUCCUGAAAUUUUUUCUAAAGUGUAACCAAAAUUGUUUGAAGAAUGCUGGAAACCCUCGAGAUAUGCGUAGAUUCCAGGUUGUUGUGUCCACUACCAUCAAUGUUGAUGGACAUGUGCUGGCUGUAUCAGAUAAUAUGUUUGUCCAUAACAACUCAAAACAUGGAAGAAGGGCGCGUAGGCUGGAUCCCUCGGAUGGCACUCCUUCGUAUCUUGAACAUGCAGCUACACCAUGUAUCAAAGCAAUCAGUCCAAGCGAAGGAUGGACGACUGGAGGUGCCACAGUCAUCGUCAUAGGAGACAAUUUCUUUGAUGGCUUACAGGUUAUAUUUGGCACCAUGCUGGUCUGGAGUGAGUUAAUCACACCCCACGCCAUCCGCGUGCAGACCCCUCCCCGACAUAUCCCAGGAGUGGUGGAAGUGACAUUAUCCUACAAAUCCAAGCAGUUCUGCAAAGGAACACCUGGGAGAUUCAUCUACACAGCUCUAAAUGAACCAACCAUUGACUAUGGCUUCCAGAGGUUGCAAAAAGUGAUACCCAGGCAUCCAGGAGACCCAGAAAGGCUUCCUAAGGAAGUUAUCCUGAAAAGAGCCGCAGAUCUGGUAGAAGCACUGUAUGGGAUGCCCCAUAAUAAUCAGGAAAUUAUACUGAAGAGAGCAGCUGACAUUGCCGAAGCAUUGUACAGUGUUCCCAGGAACCAUAGCCAGCUCCAAACACUAGCCAACUCUUCUGUGCACCCCAGCAUGAUGGGAGUCAACUCUUUCAGUGGGCAACUUGCAGUAAAUGUGUCAGAGCAAUCACAAGUCACCAACCAGGGUUUCUCUCGUAAUACAAGCAGUGUGUCCCCACAUAGCUAUGCACCCAGCACCACCCCUCAGCAGACCAACUACAGCUCCGUCACCACCAGCAUGAAUGGCUAUGGAAACACAGCUAUGUCCAAUCUUGCUGGAUCACCCAGCUUCCUCAAUGGCUCUGCUGCCAACUCGCCCUAUGCUAUUGUUCCAUCUAGUCCCACAAUGGCUUCUUCCACCAGUCAUCCAUCCAAUUGUAGCAGUUCCUCUGGGAUUUUCUCUUUCUCCCCAGCCAAUAUGGUAUCAGCAGUAAAACAGAAAAGCGCUUUUGCUCCUGUGGUCAGACCACAGGCGUCUCCACCUCCCACCUGCACCAGUUCCAAUGGCACCAGCCUACAAGACCAGUCUUUUGUGGACACUGGCAAGUUCCUCAGUACAGGCUCUCUGCAGGGCUUGGCCUUCUCCUGAACUAUCUCCGGCAUGAUUGCACCACCCAUGUGAAACAAAUCAAAGAAGAUCUCACCUGGGUGUUCUUUGCUACGAGAAAUUCACCUCAAGUUUGGGAAGAACUUCUCUUAUUUUCUCUUUUUUUUCUCUCUGACUGAGAGCAAGUUUUAACUCAGGCCUCUGUACAGAGGAACCAUAGAACUGCAGAUGUAGACAAUAGCAGAACACAAAUCAAGACUUAUUUGUCAUCAAGAAGUCUUUGUUGUCCAAGCCAUCACCAUCAUGGAUCUCUUCAUUGCUCAGUGAUGAUGACAUCUCAUAACAAUAUCACUAAAAAUAAGAAAAUCCUUGGACGUUUCUAUUAUCAUUUUCCCUGUGCUUGAAGUAACUUAUUAAUAUCCAUGGAUAGAUAUGUAACAUGAGCUCCUAGACAUCCUUACGUGAUGAUUUGAAAGAGUUCUAAACCAAUCAUGUGGCUGGAUUGUAGGAAGCCAAGGAUCUUCACAAGGAGAUCAUGUAAAGAUUGUGGGAAAACAAAGUACACUUUUUGCUAUGAGUUUGUGAUUAUUUUGAAAUGUUGAUGGAGAUGAUUCAGAGAGAGGGGUCUUUUUUUAGAUUUGGGACUAUGUAUUUUUGCCACACAAUGACUCUAGUUUAUAAACAGAGCAGAGGGUUCCACGGUUUGGAUCAUUUUUUAUUUUCUUGCUAUAGCGUGAAUCAAGUUUCCAUCAAUAUAUAUUGUACAUUCAUCACACCAAUAUGGUGAACUUUUAUUAUUCCCAAAAGAAGGUUUUAUAUGAAAUUGCAGCCAACCAUCAUCCUAAAACCCAACUAAGUUUACAGUUUAGGCAUCUAGUGGUGGGCAAAAUGCAGAGAUGUCAACUCUACAACAUAUCAUGGACACCGAGAUGACUGCCCACAUAGCCUUGGAUUAUCCAGAAUAUGUAUCAUAUUUUGCCACAACUUCCUGCCUUUUCCAUUUAUGUUUAAGUGCAAUUCACUAAAGAAUGUUAGCCAACUUUUUAAACUUGCUUUCCUUUUUUUAUUGACCAAUGCAGUCACAGCUACUGAACUUUGGUAAAUUAAGCACAAAUUGAAGUAUCAAAUAGUUGGUUGCAGAUUAGCAAUUGAAUCCUUUUAUUGAAUAAUGAUAGUCAAAGGAUGUUUCAUAUUUCAUAUCCCAUUUAUUUUUUUAUGUUGACCUUUGUAUCAACUUAUAAAUAAUGUAUAUGAUUUUGUGACCUUGGUUAGUAUUUUUUUUAUUUUUAUUUUUAAUUUGCCAAAUUUGGAAUCCUAUUUAUAUGGGAAAAAAGUUAUUUUAGUUUUCUCUCUAUUCUGCCAACACAAACAAAUGUAAAAAAAAAUAUAUAUAUAUGAUGUAUGAAAUGAACAAAUGUGACACUGCCUCACACUUCACAACAGAAAGGGAAUGAUUUUAUAAGGUAUCAUUUUUAUUUUUUAUUCUUUUAAGGGGAAUUUGUAAAGUAUCCAUAUAAAUAAUGUAUUUAUCUCUGGAAUUUGUACAGCCCUUUACCCAGUUUAUUUUAUUGUGUAUGUUCAAAUGUGAAAAAGUGUCAACUGUUAUUUUUUCUGUUGUUUCUUAAGCCUCAUGAACAAUUUUUUUGGUCAUUUUUCACUUUAUGUUAAAACAAAAUUUAAUUUUUUCAUUUACACAUGAAUUCACCUGUCUUUUUUAUCAUUAAUUUUAUACAUUGAAACCUCUUUGACUUUAAUACAUCUUUAUGCUGAUGAGAGAUUGUACUGUAUGGUUGCCUCUGUUGGUUAUAUCAGUGCUUUAGCUUUGAUGGUGCAUUCAGUUUUUUGCUAAACAGAUGUCUAAUUUUUUCAAAUGCAAAUUAGUGAACAGGGCUAGUUUUGAUUCUCAGGUUUAUUAUAAUUUCAACAUUCAUAAGCAUUGUGGUAGGUAAAGCAAAAUAGGUACACUCUAAGUUUAGCUAUUAGUCUAUAUAUCCAAAAGUCUAUAAUAUUAUAAAUUAUACAUAGGCCAACAUCUUUCCAGUUUAUUUUACAUACUGUAAUUCUAAACUACAUUUGCCCCGGUUAGGUUCACGGAGGAACUUUGAACUUAGCUAGAAGAGAUUUAUUGCUUAUGACCAACAAAUAUUUAACAUUAAAUGUCCACCUUUAAUAUACAUUGGUGCUGAUUAAUUUCUUAAUAUAUCUUUUAUUUGUCUUUCUGAUGCAAAGCUCCAAAUCAGUUUCAUAGACUGAAUAAAAUUAUAGAAUUCUGGUUUUCUGCAGCCACCAUUAGAGAGAGCUCAGGAGAUUAUUGCAUACCAUUAUAAGACCGGUAUCUUGUAAGCUUCUAUGCCACUUUUAGCGGUACCUACAGGAAGCAGGAUACUAUACAUAAAAUAUGAAGCUUAUUUUUAGAAAAACUGAGCUAUGACAUUACUUAAAGAAAGGAAUUAGCACAGAAUAUUGUCCAUGAGGGCUAUAUAAGCACUAGAGCUCUGUUCAUGAGCACCAUAAGAACGUAAUUCUUGUUCUCAGUCUGUUGAGAUGUCUCAAACAUGUUGAUAGAAUUUUCAAAAAUUGCUGUCCCAGACAUAUGCUGCUGAAUUUUUAGGAAAUUUGUUCUCAGACUGAAUGCACUGAAAUGAGGUACUAAGCAAAUGACUCUGAUGGGCUGAAUGUUGGUUUUUUCCCCCCCCCCCCCCCCCCCCACCCUUUGUCAUAUGCAUGUUCAUAGAAUGUGGGAAGGUUUUUUUUAUACUAAGGGUGCAUAUACUUUCGUUCUGAAGUCUGCGUGAACAUUUUACCCGUGUCUUUCACAUGAAUAGAAACCAGCAGUUUGAAUGCCUUAAUGCAAAUCAUAUCCAUUCAACAUGUAUCUUGCCCUCUGCCCAUCACCACCAUCACCCAGAACAAAGACCCAUGGAAAAGCACAAGAGAAACAUGUUUUCGUAACUUAAAGACAAUGAAUCAUUUUUUCUUAGAUACUGAAUACGUGGGGUGGGAGUGAAUGCCUCAGGCACUGCUGCGUGAUCUGUUUCACUAAAUUCAAUACAGGACGAUAGGGAUACAUUUCAUUGGAAAGAUUUAAAAAUAAAUGGAAAGAAAAAAAUAUAUACAUAUAUUAAUGGGCUUUCUUUUUGGCCAUCAAUUGUAAACUAUGAAGGUGGCCAUAUUCAAGAAUUACUGUCCAGUAGGUACAAUUUGACCUUCCAUUCAGUUUCCAUGUUAAAUCAUAAGCUUACUAUUAUUAAUAAUUGUCUCUUGCUUAUCAUUGAUGUUGGUCCAGUGGCCUAAAUCCCAACGCUUGGAGUCUUUAACAUGUGAGAGGUGAUAUAACAUAAAAAUGUGUCAGAUGAUCUAAACUCAAUCUCAUAUUAAGAUGGGACCAACUAUUGGGCCACAUCAGCCCUGUUGUAGCUGGGACCCAGCUUGGAGUUGGAGGACCCAAAGAAGUCACAUUGGCUGUUAUGGCAUUAGUGUCUUCCCAAAGUCCUUUAUUUAUGUAUGAUCACUACAUAGUUGCCCAACUGUUCAGUCCUCCACUGAUCAGCAUUUUAUAGGCUGCAGGUUUUCCAGAAUUAUCUGUUGUUUUUGCCCUUUUAUAGGGCAUUACAACAAAUCUGACAUAUAGAUAUUAGGGGCAUUAAAAGUUCUAUGUGCCCAGAAAUAGAUCAAUGUUUCACAUUGUACAAGAGUAUAAAUAGUAACUUGUCUACCUAGAUCAGCAAAUGAUAGAUGUCAAUGGAGAUAGAUAAACAGAACAUAAUGGUAUCCAGUUCAUAAUACUGUAGAUUUAGUCCUAAUGUCUUAAUGGAAGUCUGUACAUCCUUUAUUUCUGGGGACCGCUGUCUCAGACCAGUUCUGACUACUGGGCUAUACCAGCUGCUACUCAUAGUAGGUUUGUUGGACUGCUUCUUCAGGUGACACUUACUACUCUAAGAUAAACCGAAACUUGCUAGCAAGGUUAAUGUUGGGGUACAACACAAAUGACCCACUAAAUCAUGUAUGGGCACACUGUGGUUGGCAUCAUAGCUUAAUAAUAACUCCUGUUACCCAGCAUUGUCUAACAGCUAUCAUGGUACGUUGCGAGUUACCAUCUUGAGACAAUUAAGACAAGAAAUGGUCAUUUGCCCCAAGACAUACACCUACAAAGAAUGUAAAUAAGCUCAGGAUAAUUGUACUUUUUAUGUACAGGGGCUGUCACCAUUAAAGCAUGCAAACCUUUUCAUACCGGGUGGUCCCAAAAAAAAUAUUGGUUCUAAUAUCACAGUAAAAAACUUACAUGGGCCUAGCUCUCACAAUGUUACAUGGCUGUUUGAGUUCCAGGUUGUUUUUCAUCAUGUACAUAUACAAAUACAAUAGAAAUGUCUGCAUUUUAUCCUACGUAUGAAUCUCACCUUUUAAAUAGGAGCACUGUACAGUUCUGAUGAAACAAUAGAGAUUCUUCUAAUUUUUUUGCUAAAAAAAAAUUUGAAGCUGUAAAAAUUUUUUGACUUUCACAAUGUUUAAUUAAAGUUAC